AUGACUUUGGAUCGCACCGACAUGGAGAGGCUUCGUGCUGAUCUUAUACAACGAUCACGCAUGGAGCGAGAUGGAAAUUCGAAUCAAGGCAUUGCCAAUGCCGAUGCCAACGCCAAUGUCGAUAUCGAAGCUGGACAGGGACAGCCCAUCAUGCCAGAGCCUCGUCCAAGAAUUGCACCUUUGUCAAGGUUACUGGGCCGUGGAGAACCUGCUUCAAUGACUGGACAACCUCAGCUACCCGAAAUCGAAAGCGUCAAAUCCCAAGACUCCAAUUCGAACCGACCCAACGCUGGUCGACGAUUUGCGGUACCAAGCUUUUUGCGAAUAUGGGAUCGUAACAGUAACCCAUCGCAGACUGACGAUAUUCGUAAUGCGACAGCCUCUCCCUCACCAUUACUACCCAUCGCUGAGCCUUUGUCACUUACGAGACCGGAACCUGUCGCUACACCCUCUUCAGAAUCGCAACAAUCUCGACGCCAGCGUCGUCAACAAAGCUCUCCGACUUCUCCUUUAGAAGCGCAUCUCUCUGAACUUCUUGGUGGACCUAUUGACAGGCAAAGAAGGAGGAGGGAUCACCGUGAGGGAGGGCGUGAUGGUCAUAGAUCGCGUAGAAGUCGUGAGCAACACCCAAAAUACUUUUUGGGUUGUAUACCAUGGGUGCGAUCAAGACGUAUGCGAGCGCAGAUCUUGAGGUGUAUGACCUCGGGUUUGUUCUUGAUUAUACUCGUUACUGUCUACCUCUGCCUGUCAAUGGCCAGCAAGGUUAAUACGCGCGAGAUGAAUAUCAUGCUCAUCCUCGUCAUCCUAUUUGCAGCAGCUUUCUUCUUCCACGGACUUAUAAGGCUCUGCCUCCUGAUAAUUAAAGGCAACCGAGAGGCUGCUCUGCGGGCCAACCGACCUCCCCGAUACCGUGGCCCACGAUAUGCAGUACCUCCAGUUCCUAUCCCCGUUGUUCUUGCACAAGAUGAAGAGGCCGUUGGCGGGGAUAGUGAAGCGGCAAAAGUAAUGCCUCCUGCUUACGGCCGCUGGCGCGAAACAGUGCGAGUUGAUCCAAAUCGUUUGUUCUGGCAACGUAACGAGAAUGUGGAUAUUUCACAGCUGAGACCCAAUACACGAUCUGGUCCCCGACCACCUUCAUAUGCGUCCGAGGAUGGCAUAUCGUAUGUAGUUGAGGCACAACCUCGAUCUACAGCGCCGACCACUGACGUCCCUCUUCCCACUCACCCGUCAGAGAUGGGCAGAGUGAGCCGGGUGCCGACCGAGUGA